ACACAAGGAGUGGAAUUUACGGUGGCCUAUAAUGUUACUUGGAUUGAAUUAGGGUGAGCUUUAAACAAGCAGAGUCGACAGCUUGACUUGGUUUCGUCUCUAAUUGUGCUUGACAUUGUGUCGAUUCCGAGCAUUUUGCAUUUUGUUGGCAUUGUCGAUUCCGAGCAUUUUGUUUGCAUCCACAAGAAAGGAAAAGAGAAGUAGGAAUGGAAGGAGAAGAGGGGUCUCAGCAGCCGCAGUUGGUUCUCGCCGAUAAGCUAUUCUUUCUCCGGCAACCCAAUGUGCAAGACAUCGAUAAGGUUCGGUACAAGGACGAUGUUUUCACUCACGUCAAGGACAACGAUAUGCUCCCUUUGUACGAAACUCUAGUCGCCGACUCCGUUUUGGACAUGGAUCGUACCCUUUUCGACUCCAUGCGUGCUAAAAUUCACGAUGAACUCAACAAACUUGACGAAAAGAUUGCUGAUGCUGAGGAAAACUUAGGUGAGAGUGAAGUUCGUGAGGCUCACUUGGCAAAAUCAUUGUUUUUCAUCCGGAUUGGGGACAAGGAAAAAGCCUUGGAACAUCUCAAGGUAACAGAAACCAAGACAGUUGCAGUUGGCCAGAAAAUGGACCUAGUGUUUUACACAUUACAGCUUGGUUUCUUUGACAUGGAUUUUGAUCUCAUUUCCAAAAGCAUUGACAAAGCUAAAAACUUGUUUGAAGAAGGUGGUGACUGGGAAAGGAAGAAUCGGUUAAAAGUGUAUGAAGGCCUGUACUGCAUGGCCACUCGAAAUUUCAAGAAGGCUGCCAAAUUGUUUUUGGAUUCUAUUUCAACAUUUACAACUUAUGAACUUUUUCCCUAUGACACCUUUAUAUUUUACACAGUUUUGACAAGCAUUAUAUCAUUGGAUAGAGUUUCCUUAAAGAAAAAGGUAGUGGAUGCUCCAGAGAUCUUGACAGUGAUUGGCAAAAUCCAAUAUCUUUCUGAGUUUAUGAACUCUUUAUAUGAUUGUCAAUACAAGUCUUUUUUCUCAGCUUUUGCUGGCCUGACGGAGCAAAUUAAGUUGGACCGCUAUCUGCAUCCACAUUUCAGAUAUUACAUGAGGGAGGUCAGAACUGUUGUUUAUUCCCAAUUUUUGGAAUCUUACAAGAGUGUGACAAUUGAAGCCAUGGCAAAAGCCUUCGGAGUGACAGUGGAUUUCAUUGAUUUGGAGCUAUCACGUUUUAUUGCAGCAGGAAAACUUCAUUGUAAGAUUGAUAAAGUUGCAGGCGUAUUAGAAACUAACCGCCCUGAUGCUAAGAAUGCUCUUUAUCAAGCAACUAUUAAGCAAGGGGACUUCCUAUUGAAUCGGAUCCAGAAAUUGUCCCGUGUGAUCGAUCUCUAGGUCAUUUCUUGCUAGGCAGGAGGACAUUUUUGUAAAUUAUUGAAACAAUCGAACUUGCUGAAUAUACGAAUGUCAAAUCAAUUUUCAAUUGCCUGUUACGGUGAAUAUAUUCAGUUGUUUGUAUGUUUGAGUAUGGGAUAUGACUGGAGGUUUUAAAAAAUUGGCCAAUCUGAGUAUUAAUCAGAUUGGAGGUUUCGAUGAGUUUUUCGAGGAGUUUUUGAGUCCUACUUCAAUUUUACUUGCAAUUCUGUUUGAUGUUUUAGGA